AGGUUGGUGGCGACCGUCGCGUCCGUGCCUCUCCCUCGGCAGACGAGGGAGGGGGAGGGGCGGGGCGCGAGUCACGUGACCACCCUCCUCGCACUCACCGAGGUCGAGAAGGAUCGUCAGAACUCUUUCGAAGGAUCAGAAGUUAAGUUCUCAACCAUGAAGUGGAUGCUUCGGACAGGCUGGCUGACCUGUCUCCUGGUGACCUGGGCGGCCGCUGCUAUUCUUGACAACCGGGAGACCCCGACAGCCGACGAUUCAGAGCAGGUUCCGCGGGUUGAGGACGAGGUCGUGCUCGACCAUGUGGCUGCCAUGGAGCGCUGGAGGGAGCUGAAGGCGAGGCUCCUGAACCUGAAGCCGAGUGAUGUGGAGCACGACCCCAGCCGCGACGAGGAGCACGACCGUCACCUUAGGUCGCUCUUCCCGGCCGGCUACAGCGGGUGUUCGUGCUCGGACCUGGCUGCCAUCGCCGCCCAGAUCACCAUCUUCGAGGGUGAAAUCAAGGAGAUAGGCAAGCUGGAGGACAAACUGGAACUCACGGCGGCAGCCAUUAAGCAGCUCGCGGCCUGGGUCGACUCAGGAGUCAAGGGCCCCCAGGGACCAGCGGGAAGCCCUGGCGAGCCCGGCGUGACAGGUCCCUCCGGUGACCCUGGCGAGGCUGGCGCGGACAUCACCGUCGAUCGGCGAGGCGUCCCGGGCCCUCCAGGAUCCCCAGGGCCGCCUGGCGUCGCGGGCGUGAACGGCGACCGCGGAGACUGCACCAAGGGCGAGAAGGGCCAACAGGGCCAGAAGGGCGACCCGGGCGUGGGCGUGCGGGGCCCCCGAGGACCUCCCGGACCCCCAGGCGAGAGGGGCAGCCCCGCCCCGAAUUUCUCCGGGAAGUAGAGGCGCCCCUGCGGAAGACCUCGGCUCCCAAGUGACUCUGCUUCCAGUCUUUGUUAAAUUCGGCGACAUCAACUCGCAGAUGUAUUAAGAAACCCGAAAGGGUUCGCGGUCAGCAGCUUGCCUCGCGAGACGCUGACCGCCGUAACGAGAACAUUCACUAAGAAACUGGCAUGUGUACCCCUCCCGUUUUUUGCUAAUAAACUCAGAGAUCACCA